AGUCAGCCAGCGGGUUUAGCGUAGUCCGCUACGCGACCUGCCGACGGCCGGGAGCCUAUGGAAAACUACAUUUCCCAGUGGACUUGUAGUUUUCCCGUGCUGCUCUGGGCCUGCAGAGGCUCGCGCCUUGGGCGCCAUAGCAACGGUAGCUAGCUGAGGGCGAACGCGGAGAUAGGCCAUGUCUGGCCCAAGUGACGAGACAGCAGGAGACCUGCCGGUGAAAGAUACAGGUCUAAACCUCUUUGGAGUUGGAGGGUUACAAGAAACCUCAACUGCACGAACAGUAAAGGCUCGCCAGGCAGUGUCACGUGUCAGUCGUGAAGAACUGGAAGACAGAUUUUUACGUUUGCAUGAUGAGAACAUUUUACUUAAACAGCAUGCCCGCAAGCAAGAGGAUAAAAUUAAAAGAAUGGCCACCAAGUUAAUACGGCUAGUUAAUGACAAGAAAAGAUCUGAGCGGGUUGGUGGCGGCCCCAAGCGGCUGGGACGAGAUGUGGAAAUGGAAGAAAUGAUUGAACAGCUGCAAGAAAAAGUUCAUGAGCUUGAAAGACAAAAUGAAGUUCUCAAAAACAGGCUGAUAUCAGCCAAACAGCAGCUCCAGGUCCAGGGGCACAGGCAGACGUCAUACAGUCGUGUGCAGGCUCGCAUUAACACCGGCCGCAGGAAAGCAAGUGCCAGUGCAGGCUUGCAGGAAUGCCCCGGGAAAGGUAUAAGAUUUCAAAAUGUAGAUGAAGCAGAAACUGUACAACCCACGCUCACAAAAUACAGCAAUAGUUUACUUGAAGAAGCCAGAGGAGAAAUAAGAAAUUUAGAAAAUGUUAUUCAGUCACAGAGAGGCCAGAUAGAAGAGUUAGAACACUUGGCAGAGAUCCUGAAAACUCAGUUGAAAAGAAAAGAAAAUGAAAUUGAGUUAUCUCUUCUUCAGCUUCGAGAACAGCAAGCUACAGAUCAGAGGUCAAAUAUUCGGGACAAUGUAGAAAUGAUUAAGCUUCAUAAACAACUAGUGGAGAAAAGCAAUGCUCUUUCAGUCAUAGAAGGAAAAUUUAUUCAGCUUCAAGAGAAGCAGAGAACACUCAGAAUCAGCCACGAUGCCUUGAUGGCAAAUGGAGAUGAGCUAAACAUGCAGCUUAAGGAGCAGCGUUUGAAGUGCUGCAGCCUUGAGAAGCAGCUGCACUCCGUGAGGUUUGCAGAAAGGAGAGUAGAGGAGCUGCAGGAUAGAAUUAAUGAUUUAGAAAAGGAGCGAGAACUUUUAAAGGAAAACUAUGAUAAACUUUAUAACAGUGCCUUCAGUGCUGCCCAUGAAGAACAGUGGAAGUUAAAGGAGCAUCAGAUGAAAGUGCAGAUUGCUCAACUCGAAACUGCCUUAAAAUCUGAUCUUACAGACAAAACCGAAGUCCUUGACAAAUUAAAGACUGAAAGAGACCAAAAUGAGAAACUAGUUCAAGAAAAUAGGGAUCUACAGCUGCAGUGUCUGCAGCAAAGGCAGCAGCUGCACGAGCUUCAGAACCGCUUGACAUUCUUCAACCAGGAGAGUGACAUCAAUGCCGAUGACCUCAGUGAAGCACUCCUGCUUAUAAAGGCUCAGAAAGAACAAAAAAAUGGAGAUCUUUCAUUUUUAGAAAAAGUGGACACCAAAAUUAAUAAAGAUCUAGAUCGUUCCAUGAAAGAGCUUCAAGCAACUCACGCAGAAACAGUACAAGAACUUGAAAAGACAAGAAAUAUGUUAAUUAUGCAACAUAAAAUCAAUAAAGACUAUCAGAUGGAAGUUGAAACAGUGACUCAGAAGAUGGAAAAUUUGCAACAAGAUUAUGAACUCAAAGUGGAACAAUAUGUUCAUCUUCUUGAUAUCAGGGCUGCACGCAUCCAAAAGCUGGAAGCCCAGUUAAAGGAUAUUGCCUAUGGCACUAAACAGUACAAAUUUAAACCAGAAAUCACUCCAGAUGACUCUGUUGAUGAAUUUGAUGAAACCAUCCACCUAGAACGAGGAGAAAAUCUAUUUGAAAUCCACAUCAACAAAGUCACCUUUUCUUCUGAAGUCCUCCGGGCAUCUGGUGAUAAAGAGCUUGUCACCUUCUGUACCUAUGCCUUCUAUGACUUUGAACUGCAGACAACUCCCAUCGUGCGAGGCCUUUACCCAGAAUAUAACUUCACUUCUCAGUAUCUUGUCCAUGUCAAUGACUUAUUUUUGCAGUACAUUCAGAAGAACACUGUCACUCUGGAGCUCCACCAAGCCUACAGCACAGACUAUGAAACAAUUGCAGCGUGUCAGUUGAGAUUCCAUGAGAUUCUAGAAAAAAGUGGCAGAAUUUUUUGCACAACAAGCUUAGUUGGAACUAAAGGAGACAUCCCAAAUUUUGGCACAGUAGAAUACUGGUUCCGAUUAAGAGUUCCCAUGGAUCAAGCUAUUCGACUUUAUCGAGAGCGGGCAAAGGCAUUGGGAUACAUAACAUCAAAUUUUAAGAAGCCAGAGAAAAUGCAACUGUUGAGUCAGCAAGCGGCCACAACUGCUCAGAUCAGUUCAGCGGAGUCUACAGAUGGCAACUUAAAUGAACUUCAUGUUACAGUAAGAUGUUGCACCAACCUACAGUCCCGAGCAAGCCACCUACAGCCACACGCAUAUGUUGUGUACAAGUUUUUUGAUUUUCCAGACCAUGAUACAGCCAUUAUUCCCAGUAGUAAUGAUCCACAAUUUGAUGACCACAUGUGUUUCCCCGUGCCAAUGAAUAUGGAUUUGGAUCGAUACCUUAAGACAGAGUCUCUGAGUUUUUAUGUUUUUGAUGAUAGUGAUACCCAGGAGAAUAUUUACAUGGGAAAAGUCAAUGUGCCUCUAAUUUCCCUGGCACAUGACAGGUGUAUCUCAGGAAUAUUUGAGUUAAUGGAUAAGGAAAAGCAUGCUGCAGGAACUAUCCAAGUUAUAUUGAAAUGGAAAUUCACCUACCUUCCACCAAGUGGAUCAAUAACUACUGAAGACCUUGGAAAGUUCAUUUGCAGAGAAGAGCCAGAGGCUGUUCAGAGACUACCUCCAACAUCCUCAGAAGUUACAUCAGUUGUAGCACCAAAACCUAAACCAAGACAGCGUUUAACAUUUGUAGACAAAAAGGUCUCUUUUGUGGAUACCAUGUCACACCCGAGUCCUGAGACUUCUCCUCCCCCUAAAGAUAUAAAGGACAACUCUCCAGAAGUGGAACCAAAACCAGAAAAUAGUAUGCUGGCUGUUGCAUAUCCUUCUAAGGAAAGUGGUGUGGCUAAGGUAGAAGAAAACAUGGGGAAAAUGCAACAAGGAAAAGAAGACGACAUCUCUUUCCUAUCUGAGGGCCAGCUUGCAUCACAAAGUGUGGCGUCCUCUGAAGAUGAAACAGAAAUAACUGAAGAAUUGGAGCCAGAAGAUGAAGACAGAACAGCUUCAGACAGUGAUGACUGUAUCAUUCCAAGUUCUGUCUCCACAAAUACCAAACAGCCAUCAGAAGAAAUUCGGAUUGAGAUCAUAGCUCUGAACCUUAAUGAUUCUCAAAUAACCAGGGAGGACACUAUUCAGCGACUGUUCAUCGAGUACCGGUUCUACAGUCUUCCUGCUGAGGAGACUCCUAUGUCACUGCCCAAACCCAAGAGUGGACAGUGGGUCUACUAUAACUAUACCAAUGUGAUCUACCUGGAUAAAGAAAACAACCCAUCCGCAAGAGACAUCUUAAAAGCCAUACUGCAAAAGCGAGAACAGCCUCACAGAAGUGUGCGCUUCACCGUGGUCAGUGAUCCUCCCGAGGAUGAGCAGGACCUAGAGUGUGAAGACAUUGGUGUUGCUCAUGUUGACCUCGCUGACAUAUUUCAGAAAGGAAGAGACAUCAUUGAGCAAGAUAUUGAUGUCCUUGAUGCCCGAACAGAUGGCGGCACCAUCGGCAAGCUGAAGGUGACCGUGGAAGCACUUCAUGCCCUACGGUCUGUCUACGAGCAAUACAGAAAGGACUUGGAGGCUUGAGAGAAACUGUUCCAGAGGCAUCCUACUUCUAAGAAAAUGCUCACAUGAAAGCUCAAAGAUGAGAUUUUGAGUAAUCACUCUGGUGUAUGUAAUCUAUAAUUCAUGGGGAGCUGGGAGGGAGCGCCUGGGUGUAGGCUUGAAUGUUCAAGUUUUGUAUAGUUUUUGUGUUUGUUUAUUUCUCUAUUCACUCCUCCCCAUGACUGCCACCCCUUAGGACGUUAGUGCUCCUAAGUGGGCUACCUUAUCAAUAAUUUAUAGCAACAUGAUAGCAUGAAACAUCUAUUUGCAUUUGCAACAUUUUCUUAUGAAGAACUGGGAGUAGUCUCCAUUUUUAUUUUUCAUGAGUAAAAGCCUAAAAUCUUAGGAAACCAAUGAAAAAGAAAUGCUUUGUAUGUUAUCCCUAAUUGUCCCACUAAAUGGAACGACUCUGAUCAGCCUCAUUAAGACUUUUAUACUGUGAAGAUUUUAUUAGAAGCAAUAUAUGAAAAUUACUUGGAUUAAUGUGUUAAUCUUCCUCUUUAAAAUGCUAAUAUCUACUUUAUGCACAUUAAAGCUCAGUAUGCAUUUUCUUUGAUGCAUACAGUUUCUAUCAAUUAAAUAUAAAGAAGGAGACUUGGCACCAACUUAAUAAAUUACUCCCAGUUCUGUUUUGUUUUUUUCAUAAACACUAUAGUUGUUCCAGGUUAUGUGGUAUCAGUGUGUUUUUGAUGCUGAUGCCAGAUCCAGAAUUGUAUUCAUAUAAAGAUAGGUAGAUAGAUGGAUGGGUGGAUAGAUAGAUAGACAGACAGACAGACAGACAGACAGACACAGGAAAUUUAUACUUUACAAAUUAAAGUUAUUACAUAGAAAAAAAACUAUGGCUCAAAUUCUAAAAUGCUUAGAUGUAAAAAGAGACCCUUUCAUCAUUUUUUUAAACUUACAUCAAGCUUAUACAAUGCUGGGAUGUAUCUGGAUAUCCAGACCCUCAAAAAGCAGCUCCAAAAGUUAAUUUCUAGCUUUUACACAGUCUUGCUGAAGGGUUUAAUUGAUAUUUUUAAUGGAGCUGUGAAUCAGUGCUGCAAAGGAAUUGUCUCUGGGGGUCUGAGAUAUAAUGCAUUUCAUUUUUUAAUUUACUUUUUUAUUUGUCAUUUUCUUCAAAGGAUUUUUAUAGGCUGUGGGUUUUCACUGUUUGCAAACAGGCUAUUCCUUUUUAAGCAUAUGUAAAGUAUUCAGGGAGAUAAGUAAUUUAUUAAAAUCUACCUAAUUUGCCGUGCUAUAUUAAAUCUCUGCUUCAGUGAUCACAGACCAUUUCAUUUAGAGAAUUAGGCAUUCCCUCUUUGUGUGAUUAAAGUCCUGGAAAAUGAGUUCUUUGCUCCUAUUUGUGAACAUUCAAAGCCUGCUAAUGGCAGGAAGAUGGAACAGAUUAUGAGACAAUUCAUUACAGUUCAACAGGGGAAAAAGCAGCUAUAAUGCAAAAAUGCAAGUAUGAAUAUCAGUGUAUAGCUGAACCAUCUGUGCUCCAACAGCUUCAGUGAUGACUCCUCCUUGGGAGGCUUUGAAAUGACAUCCCUACGAUAUUAAUUUGUUGGCGCACUUUGUGGGACCAGUAGAAUAUGGUCUGACCACAGAACUCUAUAAAUUCUGUCUGUACCAUUGGGCACCCCGUCCUCAGGCCUGCCAUCUCUAAGAAGAAUCUUGCUCUCAUCAGACUCUGAAAAUCUUCAUAGAAGCUCAUUCCUCUGGAACCUUCUAGUGACCACAAACAUCUGCAGACAAAGCCUCUCCAGUUCUAGUAAACAACCACAUGUUUGUUGUCACUUUAGCUGGCUCUGAGCUCAUCUUCUUGGCCUCUCUUUCUAGCUUUCUUUGGCUUUGUGCAGCUACAGUGUCAUUAAGGCCUAUAAUAUUCCUUGUAGUAAUUUAAAACAGCCAGAUUAUACCCUGGGAUUAGCUGAGUGGUUUCUGAGACAUUUAUUGUGGUAUGCUCCUAGGAGGCAUGCAUUAUUGUUUUAAAAUGUUAUAUCCAAAACUAAAUAAUGCUUUCUGCAGGGAUGAAAACGGGGUGGUGCUGACUUCUUAGCAUCUUAAGUGAAGACAGGGAAGUUAUGUACAAGUGAGUCAGCUGUGUAGUGUUUAUACCUCAGUAAGAUCCUGGGCUAUCUAAGCUUCUCUUACCUGUGUAUUUACUAGCUUUGAAUUUCUCAGCCUCAGGCUCCUGCAGAUGUUCCCAGUACUGACUUCACAUGUAAUGGUGACUAACAGGUUCUAAAGAGAGAGAUCAUGUGAGUAUCCUCACAUGAAGUCCACUGGCAUCUCUGUCUAGACGUGUGUUAGCCAGAGUUCAUUGAAAAGUUCAUUUCCAUUGGUUUAAAGUGUUGUGCUGUCCUCUGUGAACCAGGCCUGCUCUGUUGAGGGUGGUUGGGGGCUACCACGCACAGACACAGCCCUGGGGAAAAACAUGCAGCUCUCAAUAACUGCACAGUACACUCAGCACUCUGGGAGCUGUGCUUUUAGUUUGGAAAUAUAAAUAGAGAUGUGAUGUGGCGUGUGGGAGAGUGCAUUAUACAUGGUUUUUUUUGCCUACUGUAGUAGAAAUGUCAAAUUCCUAGCCACUGUCAUGAGAAGCAGUUGACAAAAAUAAGUUUUAUGGUUUACAAUGUGGUUUACGUACAGAACAUUUCUCUUCACUCUCGGUUUCAACAUGUUUUCUGAAUUAUCAUGGUUUGUUGCCAUUUAACUUAAAUUAGUUUUUUUUUUAAGAAUAAAUAGAGACUAUGUUUAAUCAAAUAAAGAAAGGCCACAUUGAAAUUCUGCUGUUCCUGCCAUUCAUUUGUUACCACAAAACACAAAUAAUUUCUAUGUGUCAUGAAGAAGUGUGGGCUGAGACAUGGUCAUGUGACUUGGGAGGCUCUGCGUGCACCAAUGUACCCACAACAAAACAUAAAUUAUUUUAGUAAUCUGCCAUCAAGAGCUGUGACAAUGAAAACCAGCUCUUACACAUGUUCUAACAAGAAUCUGAUUAACAUUUUUGUGGAUAUGGAAAAUAACUUUUUUUAGUCAAACUGGCACUGUUGCUGAAUUUAGAAUGAUUUCCUUAUGUACAGAAUUGCAAAAUGUGAAUCAUGUCUGUGAACAAAUAUGAGAAUAAAAUGUGAUCUUUGUGUGACACAAAACACCAA